AUGGGCAGGGAGCCACCAGAUUCGAUGGCAUGCCUUGAGAAAGAGGUAGUCGAUUGUUCUGUUUCAAUCCAAUAUGUGGCCUUCGCGAAUCAACAAAGGCAGGAGGCACAGCUUGAGGCAUUGAAGCAGUGUAUUGCUGAGAGUGCACGUAAGGCUGGGUUGGAUGGCAACAUGGGUAUUGAGAAGACGAUCAAGCAUGCUGCACCACCUGACGCUGAGUGGUUGGAUGCAGCAUUGCUCCCAACCAAGAGCUAUGAUGAUAUUGAGAUGUUUGUUUUCGAGCAACUCAAUAUUAGGACAUCAGAUUCUCCUAUCACAAUAUACAUCCAGCAUCCUAUUCCCAUCCCUGCUCCUGGGGAGAAGAACAAGAUAGCAUUGAAGCCUAUGAUGUUGACUAAGAAGGAACAAAAGAAGAUGAGGAAAUUGAGGAGGAAGGAGGCAUUGCAAGAUAAGAGAGAUUGA